AUGCAGACGUUUCAAUUGCCGGUGGUCGUUGAGGUCGUGGUCGUGGAAAUCUUCGAAGAGAUCUGGCUACGUAACGGAGAGGCGAAGCCAUUCAUUUCCUUAGGGCUAGCCUUAGGUAUCGCGCUGGCCACGAUCAGGGACGCUGAGGGAAGAGUGAAGAGAGGCCCUACGAGGCUGCUCCAGAUCAUGGUGUCCGAGUCCAUUCACCUGAUAUGGGUACUAAGAUGCCAAUGGAGGAUCGAAUUCGAAGGGGACCCCUCAAAAAUACACAGUAGAGACCACGUCCGGAACAGGUGGCUAGCAUCCGUGAAUAAGAGGCUUCGGUGGGACAGGACCCUCACCAACGAGAAGACCUAUGGUAGGAAGGCCCUCAAGCCAAAGGUGGUGGAAGCUACGUGGUGCACCGUAAUUGACGAAAGGGCCGACGGACACCUACCACCCGAUUGGGUAUCGGAUAAGGGGGUUUUAGUGGGUGUUGGCAGGACAAGACGCCCGCCGGGGAGGAACAGAUAG